UCUUUCUUUCUCACACGUCGUUGUUUCUAUAUUGAUUCUCUCAGCCCUCAGGUCCUCAGGGCUAAUAUACAAAAGCGAAUUCUCUCUUCUGCUCGAUUUGCGGGAAAAAUAUUUCGAUCUGCGUCAGAAAAAAAUUAUUCUAUCGUCUCUCUCUGGUUUAUGUUUCUCCAGAUUCUCUGAUUCCUAAAUCAGAGACGACAGACAACGCUAUAAACCAACAUUUCUUCAGUUUUUUCGGAAGGGAAAGGAAAAUAUGAUAACUGAGAGUAGUGCCGUUGUGGUAAAUGUUGAUGGAUUGAUGCGUCCUACUCCUCCACCUCCGGUGGUGCCGUUGUCUCCGGAGGUUAGAUCAUCAGAGUCGCAUCUGGUUAAUAAUAAUAAUAAUGACAAGGCCAUUGAUAUCUCCGAUGAGAACGAACCGCUUAUUGCUUCCGCGGAAUGUCGUAUUUGUUCGGAUGAUUCCCCUAUUGAGAAUCUUGAGAGUCCUUGUGCUUGCAGUGGCAGCCUCAAGUACGCUCAUAGGAAAUGUGUUCAGCGUUGGUGUAAUGAAAAAGGAAACAUUCUAUGCGAGAUUUGUCAUCAGCCUUACCAACCUGGAUAUACCGCUCCACCACCUCCUUUUCAGCCUGAAGAAACCACUAUUGACAUCGGUGGAGGAUGGACAAUCUCAGGUUUGGAUUUGCAUGAUCGUCGGUAUUUAGAGACUGAAUAUGUGGAAUAUACUGAUUCAAAUGCCAGCGGAGCUGCGUUUUGUCGUUCAGCUGCUCUAAUUUUAAUGGCUCUUCUUCUCUUACGACAUGCACUGACCAUAACAGAUGAUGCUGAUGGAGAAGAAGACGACCCAUCUUCUAUACUAUCUCUUGUCUUGCUCCGAGCUGCUGGAUUUCUUCUUCCAUGCUAUAUCAUGGCUUGGGCCAUCAGUAUUCUACAACGGCGAAGGCAAAGACAGGAAGCUGCAGCUUUGGCUACACAGUUUGCGUUGGUGCUUCAGUCAGGGCAGCCUAGAACAGUUCACUUCACGGUAUCACCAGUCUCACCAUCAUCCUCCAUCGCUCAUGCAACUACAUCUACAUAACAACAGGAUGACGAUCCUGUCUGAUGUACUACUCUGAUCUAAUAUCGCAAGUAUGGAGCCAUUUACAAGGUACGAUGUGAAUGAAAUGGAGAGUUUGAUUGCCUGUAAAUUUAGAAUGCUGUCAGCGUAAAGGAUUGAAAUCAUUUGAGUUCUUGUAAGGUUAGAUCUCAUUCCAGAGGAGUUCAUUCAUUUUAUCUGUAGCUAAAAAAUGUCGAUAUUUUAAUGUUUCUUGCAAAAGUUUUUGCAUAAAGUUGUAAAUUCUGUUUUACAAUUUUUUUUCAAAUAUUGACUUAAAAUUUGAGUGUACUUUUAUAUAAAUGGAUAUAAUAAAUAAGGAAGAA